CUCAAGGUGACCAACAAACGUGUUGCAAGCUAAAAUAUCCUAUUACCCGUGUCAAGGUUUCUUAUCGAUAUUAUUUAGCGGCGCUUAUCGAGUCAUUGAACGACUGGUACCUGGGUCGCGUCGGCACGCGCCCAUAUUCACUUCAAGUACAGCAUAGUCUCGUUGUGAAUUAUAAAUGGAGGCUAUCUUUUGGAUUUCUUUUCUGCUAGGAAUAACAUAUCGCCAUCACAAGAUAUCAAAGCCGCUGCGUAUCUAACGCCAGAUCUAUUUACCAUCCAUGCCACGAUAAGACUUUAUCUUGGACACAAUGGGGCGGAAGGUCUCGACUACGGAAUGCGACACUGACGCCGCCUCCCAAUCCCGUUCAACGAAGUGCUUAAGUGAGGAAGAAGUUUUGCAACCCGUGUCGAAGACCAUCGGGUCGGACGACUGGCCAAUUUACCUUCUCCAGGAUGCUGUUGUAUAUGGGAAGGAUGGCGAGACUCUGGCCAACCUUCUUCACACUGAGCUUGAGGGCCCUUUCUCAAUCCGCGGGAAGCUUGUGGUUGACCGGGAUUACCACCAUUUCCGCAUCCUAAAAGAUAAAGAAUAUAAAGAUUGCUUGGUGGAGGUUACCAAUGUGCGGGGCUUCAGUAUCGGUGAUGGUCCGAUAACACUUUGGGCAAACGGGAAAGCGGGCUGGUUCGAAAUCAAGCCAGCACCGAUCUAUCAAGAAAUCUAUAACAGGAUGACGGAGGCAAUUGAGCUGUAUUAUAUACUUUGCGACAUACAUACGGACACAAAAUCGCGGGGCAAAGGGAAGAGCCAGAAGCCUCCUGACGUCGAACAGGUUCUCGAUAAGUGUAUUAAAGAAAAGGGAAAUAAAUCUACGCAGGCUAAGAUGAAGAAGCUAUGCUUGGAACAUGCCAAGUUCUUGCUUUCGCAGAUGAAAAACAGAAGUUCGGCCGAUAUGGGUUGGAAGACUACACCAUUCUUCAAAUGGCUGGUGCAGAAUUCACCAGAUAUCACCAAGCAGCAUAAUCCUACCGGUAGGCAGGCAAGCAUAAGCGCCACUGAUCAAUCUGGUAGCAAGGGGAAACCAGCAUCGUCGCAAGCGGCCAAAAACAAGCCGAUAGGCGCGGCUGCCACGAUCCUCCAAUUUAUGAACGACUUACACACAUCGGGUUUCCUACGAAUACCACGAAUGAAUAUUAGGUCCCUAGCACGAAUUAUGUAUGAACGGUUCGAAAUCAUCGACGAAGACCUUGCAAAAGAAGUUAUUCAAGUGCACGCCAAGACGAUAUACCACGGGUUGGGCGAAGAGUGGGCUGGCAGCCCUAUAUUCCAUAAACUUGAAAUACUUUCUACAGGGCAUCAGAAGGUGGCAGAUGCCGAGUGUCACAAGCAAGCGAUUGGAUUGGUGUUGCUAAUGCGCGACGGCAUAGAAGAUGAAAAGCGUGAAGUGGCAGAACCCUCGCCGACUCCUGAACCCGUGCACAGAAGGGCAGGCAAAGGGGCUGGAAAGGGGGCUGGAAAAGCCGCUGGUCUCCGGUUGAAAAGUACACCUGCCAGCCAACAGAAGCGGUCGCCGACACCAUAUGACGAUGAGCCUGAUAUGAGGUCCGCAAAACGACAGAAAAUGAAAGAUGCCGCUGCGAAAGAAGAAUCCGCCGAAGACGAAUUUGAGGAAGAUGAGGACGAAGGAGAUGACGGGGACGAACUGCCGAUAGAGUUUGAUCUUGAGUCCACUGUCCUCCCCUCAUCGGCUCCUCAAGGCCCAAAUGGACUCUGGACAUGUCACAAAGAGGCUUGCGGGCACACGAUCCCAAAUGCGGGUGAACCUGACGGCCGGGCCAAAGUGCAAAGCCAUUUCCUAUGGCACGCGGAUGAAAUUGCAGCUAGGGAGAAUCUCGUUAUUGAAGCUCAAAGGCCUUAUCUACCUAUCAGUAAUUUACUAGAUAAGUUGAAGAGGUUAGGGGAAAUGGCGAGGUUGAGAGAGGAUGACGGGGAGAAAACUGCAGCUGGAAAGGAUGCGCCGGCUCCGAUUAAAAGGAGGCUAGCAGCAUGAUCUUACUUCAGCAGGAGAUAGGAAGUGUGAAUGUUUACCUGUACCUCUAUAGCGUUGGCGUUGGCUGGAAUUUGACCUACUCAUUUGGGUUGCUGGCGGGGGCGGUCAGGAGUUGAGAAUUAAGGGCUGGUGGACAUUAUGAGGAAACAUGGCUUACCAGCUUUAUAUGAUUGUUAAUGAAUAUUAUGUUUCGAUGGGAAAUACUGCAUUUGGCUUGCUGGGU